UACUGAUGAGCGUUUAUAUCACACUGAUCUCAGAUCAGACUGCUCAUUUUAGAUCUAUUUCCUAACCAUUACAACAGAAAGCAAGAACACUGACCUCAAAUAUGUGUUAAAAAAAGUGUGAGGAAGAGGAAGUUUUACAAGAAAGUGCUUUUAUGCGGUUUCUGUGAGUAAAAAAAACACAGUUCACACUAACAUGAACUACUGAUAUGAACUGGUCUUGCUGGAAGAUUUAUGCAUCAAAUAUGAAGUUCGUCUAUGCUGUGUGCAUCUGGAUUUGUCUGUCAGGGUUUGGACAUUCAGCUGCUUAUGGGAGUGCCAUAAAGAAACAUGAAGGAGAUCAAGUUACAAUUACGUGUACUCCUGUACCAAAUUCAAAAGACAAAAAGUAUUUCUGCAGACAUCCAUGUCAAGAAAAUGCUAAAGAUAAAUAUAUUAAAGUAUCAUCUGAUAAAACUUCUAACGGGAGAUUCAGAAUGGAAGAUUAUGGAAAUGGAACAUUCACAGUGACCAUCACUGAUCUACGGGGGUCAGACUCUGGGAAUUACUGGUGUAGAGUGGAGCUAGUAGAUAAAGAAGAUCCAUCUGAAAAGGUCAAACUGACAGUAUCUAAAGGUGUUAAGAGCGCUAUUACCACUUAUACAACUGUCACACCAGCGAUCACCACAUCUGGUGUUAAGAAUGCUAUUACCACUUAUACAACUGUCACACCAGCGAUCACCACAUCUGGUGUUAAGAGCGCUAUUACCACUUAUACAACUGUCACACCAGCGAUCACCACAUCUGGUGUUAAGAAUGCUAUUACCACUUAUACAACUGUCACACCAGCGAUCACCACAUCUGGUGUUAAGAGCGCUAUUACCACUUAUACAACUGUCACACCAGCGAUCACCACAUCUGGUGUUAAGAGCGCUAUUUCCACUUAUACAACUGUCACACCAGCGAUCACCACAUCUGGUGUUAAGAAUGCUAUUACCACUUAUACAACUGUCACACCAGCGAUCACCACAUCUGGGAACCUCAUGUAUACAGAAUAUCCUUGA